AAACUUCUUUAUAAACCCCCAAAAAUAAUACUUUGAGAAAAAGUCACAAACAUAAAGCAAAUAAUAAUAAAAAAUCUAUAAAUCAGUACAUUGAAAAGAAUUAAAAGUGUAAUACUUUGCAUGAAUAUAAGCAGUGCUAGGUCCGAAACGAACGUCACGACCAGAAAACGUCAUACGUGUCAUGCAUUAACAUUAAGUUUUUUUCAAUUCUUUUAACGGAGUUUGAAUUAAUUUGGAACACGCGACAUUAAAUGCUAGUAUAACACAAAAGGAGUUCUGUGGAAAAAUGAAAACACGACCAAAAAUCAGUCCUUAAAUAAAAACAUAAGUGUCUUACUCUAUAACCUAAACCGAAGCAACGGAUACCUACUAUAAAACACAAUAAUAACAUGUUAUAAGCGAACGAUAUAUUAAUUAUUGAAUAUACAAAGAUAUUCAUUGCCAGCACAAAAAAUGAAAAAAAAAAUGGAUAAAUAUUUUAAAGGCUAAAAAAAUUAAUGCAUAUGAAAUAAAUUUUGGAAAAAAUCAAACACUUAAUUUCGGUUCAAAUCCAAAAGAACGAAGGCCAGUUUAUUUCCGCAGCAAAACCCAUAAAAACAAAACACCAGCGUCCCAAACAACCCAAAAAUCAAAGCCCAAUAACCCAACCCUUAUCCUCGUUGAACAGGUCAACCCCCACCCCAAACCCUCCUGAAAAGAUCGGAAAAGAUCCGACACUUAGAGCUACUCCAUCUCUAACAAACACAGCAGAUCGGAAAAGAUACCCACCGCCCCAUCGCACAUUAUCGUCAGAACUCGUAAAUAACACCCUAGCUUGAAGAAAAAACAUUGGAUCCUCAACCUCCGAACCUAACUCCACAGCAUAGACCGCUUCUCCUCCAUACAGAGACGGCACUCCCCCAGACAAAUGGCCGGGAUCCGCCAUUUUCAAAUGCAUAGCUUCCUCUUCAUAGUUCUCCUCACUUCUCUCCCAGUUCUAUGCCUGUGUUCCAAGUACAGGGAUCUUGUCUUUAGAGGGUGUGGAAACCAGAAACUACAAGACCAGCAACCUGGAGCUUCUUCUUCUUCAUCCCGUGAAACCCUAAAAACCCUCUUCGAAACCCUAAUAUCCCAGUCAGCAACCAUGACUUUCAGCAAAGCCACCGUCCCCACCGCCACAACACCCCUCUCCGGCCUCUUCCAGUGCAGAGGCGACCUCUCCCACUCCGACUGCCAAAGUUGCGUGGAGGAAGCUUUGGAAGUCUCCAAGAAAAAGUGUGGCUACUCGACCGUGAGCCGAAUCCAGCUAGUCGGGUGCUACCUGAGCUACAACGCGUCCGGGUUCGAUCAAGCAGACACUCAGUUCCUCUUCAAGAAGUGCGGCGAGGAGACGUCGGGAUCGACCGCGAAAGGGUUCGGGUUCGGUGAUAGCGUGGGUAUAGAGGCGCUUGAGGCGAUGGCGGAGAAGGUUGUGAAUGGGUUCUAUGAGGGGGAGUAUGGGAAUGGAUCUGCAGUUAAGGUGUUGGUUCAGUGUGAACAGGAUUUAAGGGUUGAUGAAUGUAAGGUGUGUCUGAAUGCUGCAAUUCAGAGUUUGAGAAGUAGCUGUGGUGCUGCUUCUAGUUAUGCUCAGUUGUAUCUUCAGAAGUGUUUUAUCAGCUACACUCUUAAAAAGGAAGACAGCUUUUCUCCUACCUCGCAUGAUGAUUGGGGAGGUGUCAAUUUACAUAUGAGCAACAAGAAAGUGGCAAUUUUCUUGGGAGGGUCGAUGGCUGUGGUAUUGGUAAUAUGUCUCGUUAUAGUCCUCACAAGGUCAUGCAGGGAAUCGGACACCCCAUAUAGCAAGUUCAAUCAACAACCCCGGACACAACCCAAAUUUCAGUUUUAUUUAAAUUAUUAAAGUAAAAAAAUUGUGUAGAAAAUGUCCAAAAUUGUUCUUUGUAUCGGCUCACCUCAAUAUACUGCUCCGCCUCAGCCACUAAGUUCACUGCAUGCAAAUUAUAAGCAAAGUUGUCGUGGUACUGGCGUGAUGGGGAUAUAAAAAGAAAGCAAGAUUGAUCUUAUAUAUGUAUAUUCAUAAUAAGUUUUAUUUUGUUCCAGCUAUGGAAUGGAUUGGUCUUUUUGGGAGUUGAAUUUGAUUAUCUUUUGUGUGCUCAACUUUUCUUGUAAUUGUUUAGGUGAAUAUAUAUGAGGACAACAUGUAUGCACUUUAUCAUCAGC